AUGCCUCAUCCACGUUCGGAACAUUACAAGAAUUACUACCUUGAACAAGCUCAGCAGAAAGGAGGUAAUCUCCCUGCCUUUCGCGGUGCUACGGUYCAACAGGGUUAUGGAUUAGGGUCUAUCCUAAGAGGUCUUUAUCGAUGGGCAGUUCCCCAUUUAUCUUCCGGUAUGAAAGCUGUAGGCCGUGAAGCCUUGAGAGGAGGUCUGAAUGUAGCUCAAGAUGUCUUAGAAGGUCAAGAUUUGGAGGAUUCUACAAUGAAGAGAGUCAACGAAGCCGGAAAGAGAUUAACGAAUACCCAGAAUGCUUCAGGAGCGCAAACAGGUGCCGGUCAAAAAGGUAGAAAAAGAAAGACCUCAGCUAAAAACGCCAGUUCACCUCCAGCCAAGAAGCAGAGAACAUCAAAAGCGAAAAAAACGCCUGUGCAGACUAACAUUGAACGAGGACAGUGGAUUGAAUAUUUUCCUAUCUCAAACAUUACCGAUUCUGGUCCUAUCGAAUUUAACGUCUCAGGCAGUGGAGAUGAGUUUACCGACUUGAGGCAAGCUUGGGUGUAUAACAAAGUAAAGAUUACCAAAGCUAAUGGAGCCGAUCUAGCCGACGACGAUAAAGUGGGACCCGUCAAUCUCUUCCAACAGGCCAUGUUCAGUCAAGUGGAUUUGACUAUCAACGAUAAAAUGAUAUCAACGUCUACCAACACCAACCCUUAUCGAGCUAUGAUCACCACCCUCAUGACUUAUGGAUCUGAUGCUAAGACCUCUCAACUUGGAGCAGAACUCUUUAUAAAAGAUACGCCAGGGAAAAUGGAUGCUGUGGAUCCUUUAGCUCUAGCUGCUAAUCGAAAUCAUGGUUUACAUGCCCGAUACAACCACAUCAAGGGGAGUUCUCCCUUUGAACUCAUGGGACCUUUACAUCUAGAUCUGUUUUGUCAAGACCGGUUACUGCUCGACGGUGUGACGCUACGUAUCAGACUCAAUAGAAGCAAAAACAGUUUUUGUCUCGUCUCUUCAGAAGCGGAUGCCAAUUAUAAGCUGGUUAUCUUACAGUCCACGUUGUAUAUCCGUAAAGUAAAGAUUUACGACGAUCCUUUCCUGGGUAUUGCUACUGCUUUAGAACAGGCACCUGCCCUCUACGCCAUUCGAAGAGUUGAAUGCAAAGCCAUGUCCAUUUCUACGGGUCAAAUGUCUUUCUCCCCCGACGAUGUCUUCUUAGGAUCUAUUCCUAAACGGAUCAUUCUGGGCUUGGUAGAAAACACAGCCUUUAACGGUUCAUUCAACAGAAACCCUUUCAAUUUCCAACACUUCAAAGCAACUCAAGUUGGAGUCUACGUCAAUGGUGAAAGUUACCCCAUGAAGGCAUUGCAACUCAAUUUUGAUCAAAACUUGUACCCAGGAUACAUGAGCUUGUUUUUUGGUACGGGAAGUCUAUUUCAUAACCAAGGCAAUCAGAUCAAUCGCGAGGAUUACCCCAACGGAUACACACUGUUCRCCUUUGAUUUGAGCCCCGAUCUUUCCGCUGGACCUCACAUUUCCCCUAUAAAGCAAGGCAACCUUCGCAUCGGCAUUCAGUUUGCAGAACCCCUGCCUGUGACAGUCAACUGCAUCAUCUACGCCGAGUUUGAUUCUUUAAUUGAGAUUGAUGAGAAUCGAAACGUGACUUUUAACUGGUCGAGUUAA